ACACCCGCAGUUGUAAUCCCCGCGACGUGCGGAGCGGGUGCACCGCGAGCCGCACCGCAGUAGCACCUGACUCACGAGCACCCUGCCGCCGGGCCCUCCCUCCCGGGCGGCACUGCGCUGCACCCUGCGGCCUCCUUUUUGACGCGCACGGCCAUCCCUAUCGCCGCGAGCAGCGCAGCGCACCGCGCAACCGACUCGCGCCCGUUCCGCUCGCCCUGCUGCUGGGCCUUCCCCCCGCCGCCCCGCACUGCUCCGGUCCGCACCCUCCUCCGGGGCACCGCGGCGGGGCACCCCUCGCCGCCAGCGCACCGCGACUUACUCACGCCCGUGAUAAGCUCACGCAAACGCCCGCUGUUACGCGCCCUGCCGCGGGCCGUCCCCGCCGCUGCACUUGCUCCGCACCCUCGGGCACCCCCCAGCUCCUCUGGAGAAUCACCGCGCACGCAGCAGCGAUGAGCGGUGCCGCCGCGGCAGGGAAGGGGAAGACCAGCAUCACCGGCCGGCAGCAGCGGGGUGAUUCAAUGCCACUCAUUUCCUGCGCAGGGCCGGACUUGGCGCUCUGCCACAGCAUCCCAGAGAUGACGACGACACCGCGCACCGGCACCGGCACCGGCAGCAGCAGCAGCCACGGCGGCGGUACGAGCACCGGCAGCAGGCCCGCCGUGAGGGAGCUGGACGUGGUGGCCCGCUGGCUGUGGCUGGCCUGGCGGCUCGUGCUGUUCUGCGCGCUGCUCAGCUCCCCGACGCCCCUGUCCCCGCCCGGCGGCCUGCUCCGGCUGACGCACGCCCUGCGCCAGCUGCGGCGCGCCGUGCCCACCCUGGACAGCCAGCGCGCCGAGACGCCCUACCCGUUCCGGCCCGAGGACGGCGAGCUGCUGCGGCCCGAGUACCAGGCCAAGUACGGCGUGCGCGGCCAGGGCCUCGUCGAGCAGCUGGGCGGCCAGUACCUCGGCCCCAAGGACUACCUGACGCCGCCGGCGCCCCCGGGCACGGCCUGAGCAGCAGAGCAGCAGCCGGAGCAAAUGUUGUUAUUAUUUAGUUUGUUAAAAAGUGUUACCCAGUGAAUAACUACCCCCACACUACCCCGGUGAUAUAUCCGUCCCCUAGGCUGUACGAAACCUGUGUCAAUCACUUGUAUGAUCUCAAAUAUAUCUACUUCUAUAAGAAAAAUAAGUUAAA